AUGGCUGAUAAAGUUAAAGCUCAAGACGACGAGAGGUCAAAUAAGUUUGUUCCAGACUGUAAAAAGGGCCGGAAUGCUUUCAUGCCAUUCAAAGGACCCCUACUGAAUCUAAUUUACCAUCCUCUUGCUGCCACUGUAAUUAGGAAAAAGGAUCAGCUGCUUAGAAAAUUCCACUUCGUUGAUUUUAUCGUGGGUCAAGAAGAAGUGGGUUUGGACGGAGGAAGUAAAAAGGACAGGGAGAGAACAGAAUGGUUUAUCUUUGUUGGAGACUUGUAA